AUGGGUACAGCAAAGAAGGAGAGACAGAGAAGAAUCCGUCAAAAUGACACUAAGGAUGGGAAUCUGCGUGCGAAAGGUGAAAACUUUUACAGGGACUCGAAAAGGGUUCAGUUUCUGAACAUGUACAAGAGUGGUAAGUCCAUUAGAAACAGUAAGGGCGAAAUUCUGCGGGCAGCUGCCUUCCAGGAUGCCACCAUUCCUACCGCUCGUGUGCAACCUGAUCGUCGUUGGUUCGGAAAUACUAGAGUGAUCUCUCAAGAUGCGUUACAACAUUUUAGAGAUGCCUUGGGUGAGACUCAAAAGGAUACUUACCAGGUUUUGUUGAGGAGGAAUAAACUGCCUAUGUCUUUACUGGACGAAAAGGAUUCUACAGAGUCUCCAACAGCCAAGAUAAUAGAAACUGAGAGUUUUGAACACACCUUCGGGCCCAAGACACAAAGAAAGAAGCCUCGUAUUGCGGCUUCGAAUUUGGAGGAAUUGGUCAGUCAAACUAAUCAGGAUAACCAGAAGUUUGAAGAGAAACAGGAACUGAAUGCAACCUUGGGUCUAAUGGGUAGCCAGGAACAGGAACAGGAUGGUUGGACUCAUGAGGCUAAGGAGGCAAUUUUUAGUAAAGGUCAAUCCAAACGUAUUUGGAACGAACUUUACAAGGUCAUCGAUUCCUCUGAUGUCGUGAUACAUGUUCUUGACGCCAGAGAUCCAUUGGGAACUCGUUGUAAAUCGGUUGAAGAAUUUAUGAGAAAGGAAGCACCACACAAGCAUUUGAUGUACGUCCUAAACAAAUGUGAUCUAGUCCCUACAUGGGUAGCAGCAGCAUGGGUGAAGCAUUUAUCUAAGGAACGUCCAACAUUGGCGUUUCAUGCAUCGAUAACGAACUCGUUUGGUAAAGGUUCGUUAAUCCAACUUUUGAGACAAUUCUCGCAAUUGCACACAGACAGAAAGCAAAUCUCGGUUGGGUUCAUUGGUUACCCAAACACUGGUAAAUCUUCAAUCAUCAACACCCUAAGGAAGAAGAAAGUUUGCCAGGUGGCUCCAAUUCCAGGUGAAACUAAAGUUUGGCAAUAUAUUACUUUAAUGAAAAGAAUCUUUUUGAUCGAUUGUCCUGGUAUUGUUCCUCCUUCGAGCAAGGAUACUGAGGAAGAAAUUCUGUUCAGAGGUGUUGUUAGAGUCGAACACGUCUCGAAUCCAGAACAGUAUAUCCCCGGUGUGCUUAGACGUUGUCAGACAAAGCAUUUAGAAAGAACGUACGAAAUUUCUGGAUGGGCAGACUCCACUGAGUUCAUCCAUAUGCUUGCAAGGAAGCAAGGUAGACUGCUCAAAGGUGGUGAACCGGAUGAGAGUGGUGUUGCCAAGCAAAUUCUUAACGAUUUCAAUAGAGGUAAGAUACCGUGGUUCGUACCACCACCAGAAAAGGAUGACGAUAAAGAAGAGGAAAAAUCUGCAUCUGCCAAGUGA